AUGUGCCAAUACUGGAAAAAAUGCCACACCUGUACGCACCUCUCGGACCGACCCUACAUAGAAAUGUGCCGGCCAGGCUUCCUCUCCAACAUCGUGUGCCAGGACAUCGGCGAGGACCCAUCCCCACGGCGCUCACACUUCCCAUGCUGGCAAUGCAUCAAGGCGUCCGCACGCACCGAGUCAGAAGAAAAGCGCGCCCAAGCCCACGCCCUCGCAACAGCCGCUGAAAUCGCCCGAGAUAUAGCAACCAAGGGCAAGAUCGACAUGGAGAAGCGAGCCCGCGAGGAGCGGGUGCGGCGCGAGGCUCGUGAAAAAGCUGAGAGGGAGAGGGUGCUUGAGCACAAGAUUAAGAUUGAGAGAGAGAAGGAGAUGGAGAGGGCGAAGAAGGAGGGUGGGCCGUGGGUGCUUGCUGAGGCUGGCAGUGGGAAGAAGAAGAAGGGGAGGGGUUCAGUGCCUGCUAGCCCCGCGAGUCCAGGCAGUCCUUCGAUUCUGGUGGGUGUAACAGAGAAGGAUGCGUGGAAGGAGAAUGGGAAGACUGUGUGGAAGGAGAACGAGAAGGGUGUGGACGCAAGUGGUCGUGCUGGGACUUGGGGACCGAAGAAGAUUCUGAGUCGGAAGGAGGGUGCUGCCGGUACCCUGAGCAGCCGUACAGAUGCAACGAACGACAUGAAUGCGAAGAAGUGA